GUUAUAUAUAAAAGGUGUAUGGCCUGGCAAAGAUAGAUAAUGAACCUCAUAUCAGGAAUUUUACGCAUAUAGGAGGUCCAAUCUUAUAUUUAUGGUGUAAUGAAUAUACCAUUGCACCAAAUCUCUGUAAUUCCAGCCCAAGAUGUUACUUUUUCCAGAGUUUCUAAGAAGAAAGCCAAGAGGAAAGAACAGCGUUCUAAUUCAACCUCUUUUCCUGCUCUUUGUGGCUUUUCUCAGGCAUCUGCUAUACCAACCAAUCAGGACAUUUGCAGUUCCAGUGCAGUGUGUUCUGAAUGUUGUCAUCCCAGUCCAGUGCAAUCUGCUGUUAUCUUGAAAAAUCUUGUCUGCCAGAAUGCUCUGACUCCAGGGGCCACUGUGACAGUAACCUGUCAGAAUACGGUGCAGAUUUCCAAGGCCAACUCCCAUGGGCAUGAACUUGUCUAUGCUCUCAAGUCUAAGAAUGAAAAAUCCAGCCAUGCUCUGAAAUUCUCCAAGUCUCUCAGUGAUAUGGAUCAGAAGGCUCAGAGUACAAUUGACAGAUUUAGCUACGCGGAACGAACAUGUUCAGAAGGCAGACUUACCCAAAUGCAAGAGCAGUGUUUAAGACUUAACGUAUGUCCUAAGGAGAAGAAACCAUUCAGCUUCAGGCCCUUCACUGUUAGCAAUUCCAGACUUUCAUAUUUUUGGUCACUCUCGACCAAUUACUCAAGCACUUCUCUGGCUACUGAUACUCAUGGUGCUGUACGUAUUCCUCUCCUGGAGGAUAAGUAUGGCAAUGAAAUCUCCCAGAGUAAAGAUUUGUUGCAGUACCUUUUCUCCUUCUCUCAUAGUUCCAGGUCAAGCGGUCAUGAACUGGAUAACAAGUCAACCUGUCUCCGGCCAGAGAAAUCAUCCAGUGGUAUGGCAGAGAGCACAGGUUUUUGUUCAGAUGACAUGGGAGAUGAUGAUGUCUUUGAGGACAAUUCUGUGAGGCUGAAAAUUACAGCACUGCGGGCACCACUCUGCUCAGCUGAAAAGGAUAGUGAUCUAGACUGCCCUUCCCAACUGUCAGAAAAUUUCCCUCCACUUUCCCCUGUGUCUGUAUCUGGAGAUGUCUGCAGGAUAUGCCAUUGUGAAGGAGAUGAUGAGAGCCCAUUAAUUACUCCCUGUCAUUGCACAGGAAGCCUUAAUUUUGUCCAUCAAGCUUGUCUGCAGCAGUGGAUCAAGAGCUCAGACACCCGUUGCUGUGAACUCUGCAAAUAUGAAUUCAUCAUGGAGACCAAAUUGAAACCUUUAAGAAAAUGGGAGAAGCUGCAGAUGACAGGCAGCGAGCAAAGAAAGAUCAUGUGCUCUGUAACUUUCCAUAUCAUUGCUAUCACUUGUGUGGUGUGGUCACUGUAUGUCCUCAUAGACCGGACUGCUGAAGAAAUUAAACAUGGGGAAUCCACGGGUAUUCUAGAAUGGCCAUUUUGGACUAAACUAGUAGUUGUAGCUAUUGGUUUCACCGGUGGAAUUCUUUUCAUGUAUGUUCAAUGCAAAGUUUAUGUACAGCUGUGGAAAAGACUUAAAGCUUAUAAUCGUGUGAUAUAUGUACAGAACUACCCAGAUACAAGCAAAAAGAGCAGAUUAGAAAAACCAGAUACCGAAUAUUCAAGUAACCUUAGAAGCCAUCAUACAGAGACUACCAGCUCAAAUUGCACAGAAACUGAAAAUGUGAAUGUUAACAUUCUUCAUAUUUGACAUGUUUUUUCUUGAAGAUUUGGAUCGGCAUUAUUUACUAUUUUCAGAUAUUUAAUCUCAGUUAAAACCGAGUUGGUAGAAAUAUUCUUCUUUACCAGAACAUCAAAUCGGAAGAUAAAUCGAAGAAAGUCUGCUUGAAUGAUAUAUAAAUGAAGUUGAACAUUAUUUUCUCCAUUUUUAAUUAAUUUCAGUUUUGGAGUCUUUUUUUCAUCAAUUGCUCUUAAAUAUGUUUUGGUUAUGUUAAGAAUUAAAGUGUCUUUACUAUAUGAAACUAUUAAAUGAGACACAAAGGCAGAAAAAACGUACAUGUUUUUACAUAAACUUACUAUUAUAUAUACCUCUCUAGUGUACAAGACCCUGUUUACAAUUCUUCAUGUUGUAAAUAGUAUGUAGUUCUAGUAUUGCUGUAAAGAAUUUGCUAAAUUGUAUCUGUGAACUGUAUUACACUCAGGGUAGGGGAUAUCAAAGCAUGAAGCACUUUUAAUUGUUUUUAUAUAACAAAUUUGAAACAAUCUCAGUUCAGUGUAUUCCUUUGAAUUACUGAAACCACAUUAAUUUGCAGGCCUGACCAUUUGCCUUAAAACAAGGUUUGUACUAAAAUGUUCCUCAAGUGUUUUUAAGUCUAAUAAUAAAUAUUUUCUUGACAUUUUGUUCGUUUGCCCUUUAAAAAAUACUGCAUAUGUUGAUUGCACAAACACAAAAUAAUGACAUUAUAAAUAGAUUAAAUAUUAGUAUCCUCUG